CCCCCAGUCGUCUGUCUACUGCUUUUUCUGUCCUGGCAUGGUCCUGUCUUCCUCCAAACAGACUCGACUCGUCUUCGUCGUUGUUAUCGUCGCCGACUUCUUGUCUACCUACAUACCCGUUCCUUCUUUUUCCUCCCCUCCCUCCCUCUCCCGAUAAUCGGUGCCUUUACUUUCUGGUACUCAGCAUCGCAGACGCUCCGCGAAACGGAACAGAAACAGUUUCUCGAGUCGUCGCUGAGUCGGACGAGACCUUUGACCGACGCCGCACUUCUGUCUUUGUCUCUCUUCGCCCCGUCCGCCGCCUUUCCAUCCUCCACCCAUCAUCCUCCAGUCUCGUCUCAGUCUCACUCUCUGCGGUCAUCAUUGCCUCCGUCUUCACGACCUUACCUCUCUCUCUCCCGUUCUAGCUUGUUUGGCCCACCGCAUCCCGUGUGCCUCUCUAUCUCCCUCCCUCUCUCGCGCCCUCGCCUCACCCUUCGGCAUUGGUCUCAAUCGCUAGCAAAGCUCCUCGAGCCGAUUCGACCCAACCUACGACACCGUAUUUGACAACCCUGCCUGUCCUGUCCUACUGCUUGGUUGCUUGCCUCUCGCUUGCAUCGCUUCCGACUAAUUCCUCCGACUACACUACACACAUCCACCCAAGAAGCAUUGUUGCUGCAUCGCCGCGCCGCAACUCUCAACUCCCACCCCUUCGCUCACCUUAUUCAAGAAAAAAACUAUCGCGGUGUCGAUAGACUCCUUCUCCAUCUAUUAAUUGGACGACUUAGUUGCCGCUUCCAAUCCGAGUAAUCCUAAUACGGUCUUUUUUGGAAUAAUAAGAUGCUAUGGCAGCUGUGAUCGGUGACUACGUCUCUGAUCCCUCUCGUUUCCACACCAUGAUUGCCUCAUCUGGCAUUCCCCAUCAACACUCGCACGAUUCGCAUUAUCGAUCCGCCAGUCGGUCAAGAGACGCGCCCGCACAUCACUCUACCACAAGCCCAAGAUAUCAGCCAUCAACCAACACUCCACCCACGCGUCAGAAGCGAUCUGACUGGGACUCGGUCGAAAGGCAAGCGCCGCCUAGUGGAGGAGCUUCUCGCUUCCCCUCGCCCCCUUCAUCCUCAUCGCCCACCCGAGCGAGGCCCCAGCAUGCUGAUAGCCCCGCAUACAUGGCAACCGACUCUCGUGACGCCGGCCAUGCUGGUUCUAUGCUGGCCACGGAGAAGGCUGUCCCGGUGUCGAGUCACCAGCAGCAGCAGCAGCCUUCGCCUGCGUCCGAAGGCAACGGCGUGACCGGCGCCCCGAUCUCAUACCCUCUUUCCGACACCGAAUCCCCUCGCCAGCAGCCCCAGGGACAGACGAUCCACGUGCGCGAUCUGGCCCAUAUCCAGAGUCUUGCGAAGGCCGAUCUUUUAUCAGGUAACGGACCUGGCAUACUCAACGACCCGCCUUUGCAGGCCAUGAAGUACGAGAUCAGUGCCAUGCCCAUCGGUGACAUCAUCGAGAUGGUCGCUGCCCUCCUCACCAAAAUCACGACUACAAACGACUUGCAGCAUGAUGCCAUGCAGCGCAACGUCGCCCAUCAGCAGCAGGCGAGUCAGAACAACGAGUCGGGGAACGGAUCGCAGAUGAGUCCUCUGAGCACUUCAGUGCUGGCAUUUCACGGCAAGAACAUUCCCGCCAUCACCAUUCUGAGCUAUUUGUCCCGAAUUCACAAGUACUGCCCGACCACGUACGAGGUCUUUCUGAGUUUGCUGGUUUACUUUGAUCGCAUGACAGAGCGAGUCAACGAAAUGGUGGUCAAGCAUGAGGAAGCACGGAGAGUUUCUACAUCGCAACCAACACCCAGAUCGCAGCUGGUCGACGUGGACAUGCGGGAUGACGAUGAGAGCGAUUCGGACCUUGCAGAUAAUGAUGACAUGGACGACAAGGGUGCGAAGCCGAGUGAGAGCACGGGAAGCAUUGUGCCCCAGCCCACACUUCCGAGCGCGCAAGCAACCUACUUUGUGGUCGACAGCUUCAACAUUCAUCGACUGAUUAUUGCGGGGGUGACAUGCGCGAGCAAGUUUUUCUCUGAUGUCUUCUACACCAACUCUAGAUACGCUAAGGUCGGCGGGCUUCCACUCGCGGAACUUAAUCAUCUCGAACUGCAGUUUCUCCUGUUGAAUGACUUCCGGCUCGCAGUCCCCGUUGAGGAUCUCGAGGCAUACGGCACCAUGCUGGUGGAGUUUUACGCACGGGAAGUUGUGGCGCAGCGAUCGCGUCCUGCUGUUGCCGGGGAUUCCUGAAGCACCUUCUUUUUUUGCAACAUUAUGAGAUUGAUACCCUGAUAUACACCAACCCUGGGGACGACGGUCUGCCGGAGCUAUCGAUACUAGCAUUACAUCCGGAACAGCAUCGGUUAGGAUAUGUUCGACCUCUCGAGCCCGAGGCCGUAAGAGAAGCAUUGGACAUGUUUCAUAGGGCGAGGUACCGACAAGAGCCUCGAACGAUCGCACCCAUCUGCAGCGGAGAACACAAAUCUUGGCUCGAUGGUUCCGGUGAAGCGUCGAAUGAGGAUUGGACCAGGCGACGUACGGGAAGAGCAGUUACAUGAUUCUGUUUUUUAUAUUUUUCAUGGAUUUGAUACCCGGAUAGAGGUGUCAGGUUGAUUGAGGAGUUUAACGCCUGGGAGAUAUAGUGAUGCAGCAUUUGGCGGGUCCGACGCGCCUGGGAAGGCAACUGUCCUUUCUCGGGCAUGUUGCACUCAUGACGUUUGCGCGCAUCUAUGGAACGACUACUAGCAAGAGGAGGAGGCACAGGUAUACUUGACGUGGGCUGGGGCUGGACUGGAUUACAAGUUACGUUGCGUUUUAGACUUUGCGCAUGCAUGAUUGGCGUCUGGUGUUCCGAGAUUGAGAUAGAAGGCGAGCAUAAUGAUAUGUCCCGAGUACGCGAU